AUGCAGCCCACCACCCUCCUCGCAGGCGCCAAGCGUGCCCGAAAGCCGUACAUAAUGAAGCGCUACACGCAGCUCCCCUUCUCGCUCUACCGCACGCAGCCCGGCCUGCCCGUCCGUCUCCGCUCCUACGAGGAACAGGCGGCGCUCGGCCGCUCGUCGUUCGACGUGGUCCUGCACGACGGGCUCGUCCUCCCCAUGCCCGAGGGCGCGGUGUACACCACGCCAAACGGCAUGUCCCUCCGUCCGCUGGGGGAAAACUUCGAGCGCAUCCUCCGCGGCUUUCGGGGCGAGCCGCAGAUCUACGCCCUCCGAGGCGGCAUCACGCUCCCCGAAGGCCUGGUCGUGCUGCAUGAGCGAACGGACCACUACUCCCUCCAGACUACCGUCCCCCUCACGCUUGCGCAGUUCAACGACACGCUCACUGAGUUUCUGAGGAGCCUGCCGCGUCCCGCGACCAAGGCGCAGAUCCUGGAGUGGCUCGAGGACGAGGACGACCAGGAUAACUAG